AUGGGCUCCAACAGCGCCAUGGAGGACGAGCUGCACCCCGUUAUGGACCUGGAGACGGCGGCCAGCCGGCGGCCUCUCGGGGAGAGCAAGGGCCUGCGCCGGGACCGCUUGGCCUCCAUCAGUUCGUCGGGCUACUCGGACGCGUCGUCCGUGGGGGACGCCAUCGGCGCGGCGCUGGAGCUGCCGCCGCACCUGCGCGACCACCUGGUGAGCGUGGCGCACCGCAACCUGCCGCCCGUGACGUCGCUGGAGGGCGAGCUGCUGCCGCCCAUCGACCACCUGCGGCCGCCGCCCAUGCGCAUCCCGCUGCUGCCCGAGAACAUGAAAAUGGAGCCCAUCCCGGGCAUCAACCAGCGCCGCCAGACCAAGCGCGUCAUCGUGUGCGGCGCCGGCAUCAUCGGCCUCACGACGUGCUACUACCUGGCCAAGCAGGGCCACGAGGUGCUCUGCGUCGAGAAGGAGCGCGGCGUCGGCACGCAGGUCAGCUUCUGCAACGGCGCCUUCCUGGAUCCGGCGCUCUACUCGAGCUGGUCCGACAUGGCCAAUCUGCGCAAAGGGCUUGGCUCGGGCCGGCGAAGUAAUACACGUGCUGCGACUAGCGCAACAACGGCACCAACUGCGACUACUACAACGUCAGCAGAUGGCACCAGCGUAACCGUGGAGGGGGGUCCUCCAGCAGCAGCCGCGUCCAGCUCGUCCACAGAUGUCACGGUGUCCGUGCGGCCGUCACGCGGCGCGGCGGCCAAGAAGUGGCCGCUGCGGGAGAAGCCCAUGAAGAUCGAGAUGUCGGCGCUGCGGGACACCAAGUUCUGGAAGUGGGGGCUGCAGUUCUGGCACAACUCGAAGAAGGGCCGCUCCAACGAGCACAGCCGCACGAUCCGCGAGCUGGGCUUCUACAGCAUGCUCAAGCUGCGCGAGCUGCAGGCGCAGACCAAGAAGGGCGAGAUCGUCAUGGACCAGACGGCGCAGGGCACGAUCGAGAUCUUCCGGGACCACAGCGAGCUGGAGGUGACGUUGGAGAGCGACCGCAGCGCCCAUCUGUCCGAACUGGGCAUGGACCUGCAGCCGCUCAAUGCGACGCAGGCCCGCAACUUGGAGCCGGCUCUGCGGUCCGAGAUGUACGAGCCGGGUGCAGUUUUGUCGGCCUUUGGCACCAGCGGAGACGUGCACAAGAUGUGCCAGUCGCUUUACCGUCUGUGCAUGCGGCAAGGGGUGAUGUUCCGGUUUAACACUGAAGUGCAGCACAUUUUGACGGACAAGACGUCGGUGAUUGCGUUGCAGACCAGGAGAGGGUCGCUCAUUGAGGGGGACGAGUUCGUUCUGGCGCUGGGCAACUCCACGGCGCCAGUGGCCAAACGAGCAGGGGUCAAGCUGGCGAUUUACCCCGUGAAGGGGUACGUGCUCUCGGUUCCGGUGGCUCAAGGUUUCCGUGCACCUAUCCACAACAUUUACGCGGGAGGACACGCACUCAUUGCACCUUUGGGCAAGUCGAUGCUGCGUGUCUCGGGUGGCGUGGACUUCGUCAGUCAGAAGAAGACAGGCGAGGUUUCUCCACGCGAACAGAAGAAACGCUACGACUGGCUGCUUGCACAAGCCAAGCUCAUGUUCCCGGACGGAUACUUGGACGUGGCUAAGAUGCAGCCGCACACUUGCUGGCGGCCGGUGACAGCAGACGACGUGCCGCUAAUCGGCCGUACCAAGAUCCGUAACCUGUACGUGAAUGCGGGGCACGGCUCCAAGGGGUGGACACUAUCGUUCGGGGCGGGGGCACUACUUGCAGACGAGAUCAGUGGGUCUCGACCACAGCUGGAUAUGACCAAGUUCGCACCCGACCGCUUUGGCUUUUUUGGUUGAGUUAAGAAGAAUGCUCCAACGAUUUCGGGGCUUUAUUGGCGACUCGCCGCAAUUAUAGAGGCUGCAAGCGUGAGGGCUAGUGAGAGUGGACGAGUGGCGUUUGAUUCACGACUUGGAAGUUAUUUCGCUGGAUGCCGAUUUGAAGUGGGAGGGGUGUCGCUGGGAAGAGCUCGAUAGAGAAUAGAUAGAGUUCGGCCUUCCCGUCGACCAAC